AUGGUUGGAUGUUGGAAUGACAUGAAUGAUAAAUUACUUAAACAAAAUCGGCAGUCUAACCAAUCAACCAACCACCUUUCAGAUCAACCUCGCCAUCGAAAACCACAACGCCGUUUCCAAGCACGUCAAAACAACGAUGCCGAUCACGUAAACAAAGAGAGCACAAUCAAAGUUCAAGAAAGUGUCGCAAUUGUGGAGGACCCUUCACGCACAAAGAAGGAAAGUUGUCAUGCUCAGCUAGAAGAAAAAUGUCAUGCAUAUGCGAAAUUAGGACAUUUUGCAAAACAUUGUUUGUCAAAAGCACAACAAAAUUACCAAGGUCAGAGACAAAGUUCCAGGCAUGAAGUAAAUGAAGUCACGUAAACACGUCAGGACUAUCUCGACGAUACAGAUGAAGAAUUUGCCUAUGUAAUAAACUCAAGCACUAAUCCACCAGAGACAAGAAUCACAGUCGAAAAUGGUGCGUUCAAAGUUAUCGUGGAUAAGUUGGCUUUCAAAGAAAUGCAAAAAAAGAAUCCAAACAUCCGGGUACAAUCCUCACAUAAGAAGGUCUUUCCGUACGAAACAAAUACCCCUCUAGAAUUAAUCGGUGAAUUCGAAGCCCAAAUCACAGCAAGUUCAGGUACAACACAAGGUACAUUUCUCGUCACAAAUACGAACAGUACAUGUCUGAUCAUGAUCAGCUACAAAAAAUCCAUCGCUCUUGGAUUACUCAGUCUGAAAGUUUGUAGUGUCUCUGUCGAUCAUCUUGAUCCAGAUGUAUCAGCAGUAUUAAAUAAGCACAAAAAGGUAUUCGAAGGAAUGGUAAUCUCGAAGACAAUGAAGUUAAAUUGGAAAUUGAUCCUGACGUUCAGCCAGUCGCUCAAAAAGCAAGGCGUAUUCCGUACAGCAUGA